UCGCGAUGGUGGAAAAUGGAGUCUAUUAACCUGUGAUGUUGAUACGAUUGUUUUUAAUCAUUAAAAAGCUUUUCAUGGAAUUAAAAUGGCUGGUAAAGUGUGGAAUACAGAAAUAUGGAAAGCAUGGGAUAAACAUGGGAAAAAUGAUUUCCUCAAGUUAAUCAAGCACAAAUUUAAGGAAGGCAACACUACAGAAUGGAGAAGAGGAUUGUACGAAUUAAUAUCAAAUGGAACCCAUGGGAACAUAAAAAGGGACGGUGUAGUUCAGACGUUAGGUGAACUCAUGAAUAUUGAUGGAGCAAUACCAUCUGCGAUAGUAGAUAUAUUUACACUAAUAGAUGCGGAAGCACAUAAUGAAGAAAGAAAUAAUUUUUAUUAUAUUGUGAAAGAAUCUGAAAAGUUUCUAACAGAUAGGAUAUUAAAGGAACGUUUAGAAAUUGAUACGUUGCAAGAUGUAGGAACAUUAAAGAAUAAGAAUUUCCAAACCAAAUUCAUUAAAGUGAAGACAAAGUUGUAG